AUGACCAGCGACUCCGUCGACCAGGUCGGGUGCUACCGCAUCGUCGAGGAGAUCGGCGAGGGGGCGUUUGGCAAGGUCUACCUCGCCUCUCACAUCAUAUUGGACACCAAGGUGGUGCUCAAAUGCGGCAGAAAGGACGACCCCAACAUCGUUCGUGAGAUCUACUAUCACAAACAGCUUAAACACCGCAACAUCGUCAGUUUGUAUGAGGUGAUCAAAACCGAGAACCACAUCUGGUUGGUGUUGGAAUACUGUGCUGGCGGCGAGCUAUUCUACCACAUCUACGACCACAAACGGCUAUCGGCCGACCACGCCCGCAGUCUCUUCUUCCAGAUCGUGUUGGCGGUGAAAUACGUCCACCUGCUAAACCUCAGCCACCGCGACCUCAAGUUGGAAAAUAUCCUCUUUGCUGACGUCAAGCGGACGAAAGUAAAGCUUAGUGACUUUGGCUUCGUCAGAGAGGUCCAGCCGCGCCAGCAAUUGCAGACUAUAUGUGGCACUCUGGUGUAUAUGGCCCCCGAGAUGGUUCAGGGCGCUAAGUAUCUGGGGUUUGCCGUCGACAUCUGGGCCUUGGGAAUCAUCCUUUAUACGAUGGUAUAUGGAGAACUCCCGUUUGACGAUGAUAACGAUUUUGUCGUUAAGGAAAGAAUUGUUAAUUCCCACCCGCGGAUAUCGGAAGCAGUACCACCAGAAAUCAAUGAGUUGGUGGUUAAACUACUCAGCAAAGACCCUCAAUUGCGACCCAACAUCAACGAGAUCCUCAAUCUGCCGUUUUUAAUCGACACCUACCUGGAAUACACUGAGAAGGAUUGCGGCGCCGUCGCCGAUGCCGAGCUGAUUAUCCUGAUCCACCAACACUACCACUACGCCAAAGCCCCCUUGCUGUCUAAGCUUGAACGUACCAUCCUCAAACGGCUUAAAAAGCUCGGAGUCAACUUGGAACUGCUUGAAGCCAGCGUCUACAAAAACGAGAUGAACCCUUUAACUGCAUUCUACGAGUUACUAUUGACUGAAGAACUUGCUAAGAAGAAACAGAAAUACAUGCGGGAGAAGAAACGCCGCUACUACGAAGCCCGCAAGCUGUUGCGCCGGUCGCUGCAGCGGGUGAAGCUGGUGCUCCUGCUAUCGGACCAAGGGCUGAUAUCUCUGCAAACGGGGCUUUCGUUCCUCAAUCUGAGACGGUCUACCGACAUUUCUCGUCCUGACCCCCACCAAAUGCUGCCCAAAAAGCCCGCUACCGCCAUCACUACCCCGGAACUGGCCCUGAUCAUGCAGACGCUCGCCGACCCGCAACCGGUGAUUUCCAGUAACGGACGCGAGGUACAAUUUUCGGAAGUGAGUCCCGUCAAUCUGACGCUGGGAGACUCGUCUCGCCGCAAGUAUAGGGACGGUAAAUUGCUCACUAAGCUCCAGUUCUGGAAAAAGCAUAAACGGUCGACGGAAUCGCUUGAAGGCGCCACUCUUAAGGAGAAACCCAGCUUAGACCAACUCACCAUCCCCCUGCAAAACGGUAGCUACCCCGAUGUCGUCGAACCCGUACCAGUUACCGCUGUCCCCGCCCCUUUAUUGGAUGACGCCAAUGCCCUCGAACUCAACCAACAGCCACCAAUCUCGGAGAAAAAGGAUACGCCGCUGCCAAUAAGAGCAGUGUCUCUGCAACCAGGGUCAUCAUCGCUGCAACGGCGACCGCGCCCGCUUCUGAUCGUAUCCCAGGUGUCUCAGCUCAGUAACUUAUCCCAUUUCAGCGCGAUGACGGAAUCAGAACUAGACAUUUUGGACGAGCUGGAGCUGGACGACGACAUCUCGUUUGACGACGGCAUGUACGACCUGAGUCUCAAUAACUCUCAAGACUUGAAAAGUCAAACUGGGAGUCUUAGAAACCGCAAAAAACGACCCGCCUACCCUCGCCGCCAAGUCAGCGACAUCAGCGCCCGCCUGAAGUUGCUGCAGUUGCUGCUGAACUCGCUGGACGAGCUGGAGGUGCUGAUGCCCGUGAUCGCCCCCAUUGAUCCUCAGCCGCGGCCGACGCUGCCGGUGCCCCGUUCCAAGCGGUGGAAACUGCUGGUGUUUCUGAUGGCUGGUGGGGUAGACCCAGUGGCCCUUGGUACCGGUUACCCCGGGGGUCCUGGGCCUAUACCCAGCUCCAAAGACCGCAAUCUGCCUCCCGUGGCGACGUUUAACCGGUUAAAUCUUCGAUUAAAGCGUCACGGGGGCGGCAACCGCGAUGAGGUAGGACCCCCAGGCCACUUGCUGCUGCCUAUGGACGAGAAACGCCCCUGGAUGGCCACCAGUACCCCCUUCGACCUGUUGAUCGAAGAAGAAGAAGAAUAA